AUGCCACCUUCCGGAGCCCCGCAAGCGACAGAAGCCGAUGCUGCUGACGAGACCUUCCUGUCCAGCCUGUCCUCAAGCAACACAACACAAAUGCCACCUUCCGGUGCCCCGCAGGCGACAAACACCGAUGAACUGCCCUCAAAAAACGCCACAGCUGGCUCGGCGCUUACGAUGAACGAGGAACUUUCGACCGAGUUGCGAGCCUGCGCGGCUGCAAAUUUGGAGACAUCCACCUGUGUCCUUGAUGCGGCGGUUUGGCUCCUGCAGCAUGGUGCUCUUGACAUUCCAGGAACUCGGGAAAUCAACGCAAAAAAGGCCCCUUGGUUCGCAAGCUGGCAUCGUUUGGGAGACCUUGCCCCGUUGUGGUUUCGACAACGUGCUACUAGACUCAGACUCACGCUCCGCCUAGGCCCGCGGACUGCUCUUCGCAGCUACUUGGCUGCAAUCACACGUUACCGACAGACUGGUGGAAACGGGGCGGCUACCGCCAAAUGCUUGCGACCACUCUUGGCGGCUCCAAACGACCAUGUCCUCGUUCUGUUGGGAGGCGCAGGCAUUGGAAAAACUCACCUCAUUCUCACUAUUGAAACACUCUUUCAGCAUUUUUGCGGUCCCGGGUGCAUGAAGAAGGGAGCUCCUACUAUUACAGCGGCUCGCAUCCUUGGAGGCAAUACCAUCCACGCACUGCACAGACUGCCGCGCGGACACCUCACGGACCGUCGCUCGCGGCUGUCCAGCCUCGCAAUUGCAAAGCUGCGACAUGAAUGGCAAAACGUUGUUGGGCAUGUCGCCGACGAAGUCGGGAUGAUACCGCCCAAGCUUUUGCACCAGAUCGAUAUGCGCACCCGCACCGCCAAGCGCUCCAGCGAAACCUUUGGGCACCUCUGGACUGCUCUCAGUGGUGAUUUCAUGCAACUCCCGCCCGUUGGCCACCCCUCGCUGGCAGCGGACGCUUGCGCAGACGACCCCGCUGCGCCUAAGGUGCAAAACGUUGGCGCCUGCCAGGAGGCUGCGGCUGCUGCUGCUGCAGACGGAGAAUACUCCAAGCAACCGUCACACGCCGCACGCUCCACAGACCCGGAGCAAAGUCUGGGUAGCGAUCUUUGGAGACAGCUGACCAAUGUCGUCAUACUGGACGUGAACUUGCGCACGUCCGGCACCCUGAAAGUACUCCUGCAUGGUAUGCGCAGCGGAGCCAUUCCGGAUGAUGUUUGGCCCGAGCUCGAAGGUCGGCAAUUGCAACCGCAAGCUAAUGGAGAGCCUGACCCACGGCUGCACGCACACCCCUUUGACUUGGCGACAAUGCGCUGCAUCGUCCACCGGCAUUCCCUAGGCAGAGCCUUAGCCUACAGCCUAGCGCUGCGCUCUGCCACAAAAAGGAAGCACACGUUUUACGUGCUUCACGCAGCCGACCAACCGUGUGCAAAGGAUGCCGAGCGCUUCAGCGACGAUACUCGCCGCAAGGUCUUGCAGAUUGCCAACACCCGCCACACGGCGGAGUUGCCUGGACUGUUACCGCUCAGCAUCGGGCAACGCUAUCGUCUUCACAACAACAAAAGUUGCGUGAGGCUCGGUCUGAUGAAUGGCGCAGAGGUGGAGCUCGUCGCUAUACAGUUUUCCUCAGCACACGACCCGGGGAAAUUGAAUGUUUUGCGGUAUAUGCCUGACUUUCUGGUGCUGCGUGCCCUGGGUACCAACUGGUCCUUGCCAAAGGCGUGCCAGCAUCCAGCACUUUCGCGGGACGCUGCAAGAGGCACCUUCAUCGUGGAACCAGUGACUAGCAAGUUCACAUUUGCAGACACCGGGAGCCGCGAGCUAACACUCACACGAACUAUGUUCCCCUUGCUCCCCGCCAACUGCUCUGUUGUAUACGGUGCCCAAGGCGAGACGGCCACGGCAGUACUGGCGGACUUAGCAUGCCCCCCGCGUAUGGCACCGGAAUUGCACUGGCUGGCAUGCUACGUGAUGUUGAGUCGAGCUACAAGCCUGCAAGGGCUUCUGCUGCUGCGCAAUGCCUCUAGAGAAGAGCUGGAACGUGGGGCCCCUUCUUUCAUUGUUGACGAAAUCGAUCGAUUGCUUGCACUGGAACGUAGCAGCGCCCAACGACUCCGGCAACAGCUCGAGAAAUCCAAGGCCAUCCCCCCCGAGAUUCUGGAGCUGUUUACAGACAGCCUCGCGGCACGGCAACGGGCCACGAACCAGCAACGUGGGCAAGAUCCGGACUGUGUUGUCACAAGACCUCACAAACGGCUACGUGGAAAGCAGCCGCUGCCUUGCAGCUUGCCUGCGGCGCCAAGCCCACGCACCUGUGCACCUGCGGAACCACCUAUGCCCUCUUCUCAGGCUGAAUAUUACGCCUGUUCGUGUUCAGGCGCCUGA